AUGGCGGAGCAUCUCGCGCUGUGGCAGAAAUUCUACGAUACAGACGCCAAAGGGCGUCCGGUCAACGCCGAGUUUCUCGGAAGAUUCGGGGCGGAGCCCGUCAGGCUCGUUUUUUGCAAAGAUGAACCGUCAGCGGAUGAGAUCGCCCUCGCCCCAGACGGGGCAACAUCUAUAUAUUUCACCAGACAGACACUCAACUGGGACGGGCAUCUAGAUUUCGACAAGCGUGUCAUCGUGUUUGGCACUCGCGAGUAUCGACGGUGCGGUUCGCGCAUCAGCCAGCCCUGGAGCGAGGAGAUGAAGCCGGAGCAAUCGUGCCUCCCCAUUGACCUCGCGGUGCUUCAUGACCCGGCCAUAUACCUCCACGCCGCGGCUACAUUGUUCACUGACGUGACAGAGCAUCAACUGGAAGCGAUCAAAAGAGACAUGAAGUCGCCGCCGCCCCAGUACGGUCCUGUCUCGGAACAGCAGGAAGAUCCUACCCCGUUGACACUCACGCCACCGAACACACCGGCAUUCGAAGACCUAUUUAUGCAGUCUUUGUCUCUCCAAGACAGUGCUGUGCCUUUAGCUGCGAGGGCGGAGGCCGUCAAGCUGCGCAUGGUCACGAAAAAGCGGGCACGAAGGCAACGGUCUCGAGUUCCUCAUCCGAGGAAAGCUACUUUGCGGUUGGCGAAAAGACGUCUCGCGCUCUCCGGGAGGGGGGUACUCGGGGCAACGAGCUUAGUUCGAGGCGGUCGAACAUUUACGGUCCAGGAAUCGGGCAGAUGUACGGAGGAGUUGUAG